AUGGAGGAGUUGGUAGAGGAUGACAUCUGUAUUUUGAACCAUGAAAAAGCAGACAACGCUCAUAAGAGAGACGGGGAGAUUCCUGUUUCAUCUUACAGUGGAGAUGAGUCUGUUGCCUCACACUUCGCACUUGUCACUGCAUAUGAAGAUAUCAAGAAACGACUAAAGGAGACAGAGAAGGAGAACUCCUUCUUAAAAAAAAGAGUUAGAAUUCUAGAAGAGAAGCUGCUUGGCUCCCGACUGGAAGAGGAAUGCAGUUCAGUUGGACGUGAACAAGUAAAUAAGGCAUACCAAGCCUAUCGAGAGGCCUGCAUUGACAGAGAUAAUCUGAAAAGCAAACUGGAUAAAAUGAUGAAAGAAAGUGCGGAAUCCUUGAAAAGCUUGAAUGAACAGUUGCAGUCUAAAGAAGUAGAGCUGUUGCAACUAAGAACUGAAGUGGAAACUCAACAAGUGAUGAAAAAUCUGAAUUGUACUCAGUCGAGCUGGGAAAUAGAGAAGCUGAGCAGUGACCUGAAAGUGUAUAGUCUGGAACAGGAUCUAGAAAAGCUCAAGCAAGAGUGCAACAAUCUCAGAAAGGAGUUGCAAAAAUCCAAGCAGAAGGACCAGGCUCAAGAUGAAAAUCCAUUAACUGGAGACCUCCUUCAAAGGCAAGACAUCCAGAGUGUGCAACAAGCAUAUUGGGAACUGAAGAGAGAAAUGUCUAAUUUGCGUCUAGUGACUGACGUGCAAGCUGAGGUUCUACGAAAACUGAAAACAAACCCAACGGCGACCAAGAAAGCUGCCUCUGCCGCACCAGUACAAUGUGUUGACUUGAACAUUUCAAAGCGGAAUUUUACAUCUGGGGUAGCCUAUAAAAAACUCUCCCAAAACAAUAACGUACUCUGCAAUGCUGUGUCUCCCCCUCUGCCGAGAGAUGUAAAAAUCCCACCUGAAAGGGUGACUCUACAAGCAUGGACAGAUGAGAGACCCAUUCCAGUCGAUGGCAAAACGUUUCAGGAACACCAUUCGUACGGGAAGAGCUCUCUGGAAGAUAAUUCCUGGGUAUUCCCAAGUCCUCCAAAGCCUAAUGAGAAUGUGUUUUGGGAAAUGAAAAAUAAAACCACCUUGUUAAACUGUCCAGCAGACUACCUGGAUCAGUGUAAUCAAAACUGUCUGCACAAGAGUUAAAACAAUUUUUAGAAUGAACUGAGGCUUUUUUAGAAUGGUUCUGAAAUAGGCACCUUAACGCUUGAGAGGGAAAACAAAUUGCCUGAACUGUUCUUUCUGUAUUUUUAAUUCUAGUUCCGAAACAGAAAGCCUGGUCUUCCUCUGCUGUAAAUCAGGAGCAAGUUCCUUCAAGUUAAAGCUGUGCAGGUAUAAUGUAAAUAACAAAGAAAUCUAGCGUGGGGCCUAGACAGUCUUGUACUGCAAAUGGCAUACAUUUGCAAAAGACUACACUGAAAAGUGAGUUCUUGGAAUAAAACUAAGAAACCCAG